GGAGAAGAAGAAUAAAACCAAACUAUUUUCUUUCGAUUAAGUCACCUUAAUAAAGCCGGCAAGAUUAAGCGCAGCCGUACAGAGAGUUGUCAGCAGGUCUGUUCUAGACCUCUGUGUUCUUCUCCGAUCUUCUUUUUCAUUUGAAAAGAAACUAAGCGACAAAGCCGUAUCAAGGAAAGCUGUAGCAAAGCAAAGAAGCGAAAAGGCGUUUUGCUAGUCCACUGGAUUUCUCGCAGUACAGUUCAAUUUAGCCGCGCUCGCACUUCUUCUAUUUUCAUUUCUCUGUUCCUUUAACGAUUGAGAUUCAACGGCAGAAGAAGAAAACCGUGUUUGACUGACGCACAUUGGUGUUAUUGUUCUGGAAAACAACGGAGGGGCCAAAUUGCACAACCCCCUGACUGACAAUGACCUCCCAGCUAGCCUCGCAGCUGCAGAGGCUGCAGCAGCGCCCUGCCGAGAGCAGCAACCGUCUUGCUAAAUCGUUUCUGUUUAGCACCCAAGAUGCGCAGAGCUUCUCGCGUGAGCAGAUCCAUCAACUGGCCCUCAAUGGACUGCAGACCUUGACGGCGAUGGACAACCGUUUCCACCCCUUCAUUCAGGACCUCUUCGACGUGAAGAAAAUUCGCCAAGAACGUGCGAUGCUGACGUCGAGCGAAGAUGCCGCGCUGCGUGCGAGUCUCGAGCAUGUUCUGACUCUCCUGAGUCCGCACCUCUUCUUGACUGCUGCCCAACAGGUCUUUGAGUUCUUGGUACGCGUGUAUGAAGUCCACAUCUACGACGUCUCCGCCGUCUUGCGAGCCUUCCUGCCUUACCACGACCACAACCUUUUUGCGCGUGUGCUGCUGCUGCUGGACCUGCGAGACACCGGCUUCGAUUUCCUGUCCACGAACCAGUUGCGUGGUGCACCGCUGCUGCGUGAGCACUUGGUGCUCGCCUGCGCGGAGAGCCGCAAGGCCGCCCGUCUUGUCUGCCUCACGGUGACGAUGCCCUUCCGCUACGAGAUCCGUCACCACGCCGCCAACGCGCUCUUCACCAGCAUCGUGACGCAGCUAGCAACCCACAAGGACGGCGAGGCGCUCUGGCGCACGUUUCUGCCCUCGGUGCUGGAGCUGCUGUCCGGCGCCGUCACCGGUGCGGAGGCUGGCACAGAGGAGACGAAGCGCGCCCAGCAGCUUCGCGGGGGCAACGCGCUGCAACGUGGCGGCCGCGUCUCGCAGGAUUCGGUGGCGACGGCGCUGGUGGUGCUGGCGGCGUGGUCAGGCCAGGUGCGCUUCUCCAGCUCCAUGCUGAUCACCGUUCUCAAGCCCAUCUUCCGCUACCUGACCUCUGCUGCGUUUGCCGUCACGAGCAGCAGCAGCAGCGGCAACGGCGGCGCCGAGGUGUUUCUACCCGUGCGGGAUCUUCUCGCCUUUUUGGAGAUCGUCUUUGCAACGCAGCACCGCGCGUUGAUGGAGGUGUCGGUGCAGCCGCUGCUGCAGUCGCUGCUGGCGCUGCCAUGGCGCCCCCUUGCGUCGCAGCUGCCGUUCGCCGAGUCGACCGAAGUGGUGGUGGUUGGCCCCACCGGGGUGCCGUCCACCUCGCCUCGCCACAGCGUCCUCCUCGCCACGUUGCUGCAGACCGCCCUAGAUCGAUUGACCUGUGCCUCGGAGGUGCGUCUCCUGCCUGCGGAUGUCGUGGAGUUCCUGUCGAGCGCCGCGGAGGAUCUGCCGCUGUCGAACGUGAUGGUGGCGAGCUAUCUCCGCGUGCUCAUGACGGCAGAGGCCGGCGCGGCAGCGGAAAAGUCGGAGGGCGACACCCCCACGUUGUAUCACCGCGCCAUUGCCGCGCUCGAGCGCCGCUACGCCGUCGUGUUUGACGAGGUCUUAUCGGAGGUGCUGCUGCACGCCGACACCGCUGCCGCUGCCUCCGCCUUCAUCGCCCGUCAUUUUCAGGGAACGCGGUACAACUUGGUGGAGGUGGGCAGCACGCUGCCGGGCACCACGGAGUCGCUGCCGCUCUUCGCCUGCCUUCUGCACCCCGUCGCCGAGGUGCGUGCGCUGGCAGCGAAGACGCUGCAGGGCAUGACGGUGGCGCAGUGGAUGGGCGACGGCAGUUCAUCGUCGACGAUGGACGUUUCCUCUUCUGCGGCGGCGCAGGGAGAAAUCCAACCGCUGGUCGGUCUGCUUGCACACGUCGUCUCGUACGAACACGUGACGAACGUCGCCGAGGUUUUUGUUGCUACCGGGACCACCAUGGUGCAACAACUCACUGCGCGCUUUGCGCAGGACGAAACGAUCUCUGCCGCCUGCCGUGCUGCGUGCAAGCUCGUUCGCGCCUUCUACUUGAUGGUGCUGUCGUUACUGGAGGGCCACGCCGACCACCCUGCUGCCCGCGCUGAGGCGCUGCAGCGUGUUGUGCUCCCUCUGCUGAAGUUUCUUCUGCGUCCUGCUGUUACGACGUGGACGGCGGCUCCGUCACCGAGCGCCGCGACGCGUCACUUUCGUGCCUGUGUGCUGUACCAUGUCACUCUGCUUCUCAUGCAGCGCACCGCCACAGGAGGGCUGUCCGCCCUGGCCGAGGUGUUUGGUGAAGGUGCCGGGCUGCUGGAAGUUGGAUUUGGGGAUGCCAGCGGUCUCGCUCCUCUGCUGAGGGCGGCAAGUGAGCGCGGCAACCCGGGGAAGACAAAGGAAAAGGACGACCAAGUGAAGACCGGCGGUCGUCCCGCCGCCUCCGACUCAGACGACGAUGAGAAGGGAAAGGGCAAGGCCGCUGCCUCAUGUACCUCUUCGGUGCUCUUCAAGGGUUUGAUGCAGUGCAAGGACCUACUAAAAGAGAUCCGUACGGAGGCGCGGGAGCACUUGGCGAAGGCCUUCGCAGCAGCGCGCACGGCGGUGCGGGAGUCGUCGGAGAGCGACGGCGCGAACACCGUGGAAGUGGUGGUUGCACUGGCGGCCACCCUGUUGCCUGUAAAGGAGACGAAAUCUGCUCUCCAGGCUACAUCGGCCAUCGCAACCUUCUUGUGCGGCGCAGACGGCGCCCCCAGUGAGGCGGCAAGAAAAGAGCAGGUGCAGCAACAAGAGGGGUAUCUGAGUAUGGUGUAUGCCGCCUUGCUGGAGAAGACGGGCAGCCGCCGUGCUGCACAGACCGGUCGUGGCGCUGUCGAUGCGACCGCUGUGGCCCGCCAAGAACUACACCGGCACCCCCUCGUUCAAAAGAUCACCCUCGUGCUGCGCACCGCCCUGCGCCAAGCGCUGAACUCGCCAGACGCGACAACGGCGUCUUCCGCGGCGCUCACCGUGCGACUCUGCAAGCUGCUGGCCUACACCGGUGCCUCGCUGCCCCCCGUCACGCUGCAACCGGAAACGUUGGCGACGGCGUAUCUAGACCUGAUCAACGACGCACCUGUGGCGGCCGUGUCGGUGUCAGCAGCCGAGGAGGAGGAGGUAGACAAGAAUACCAUCAGCGGCUCGUUGGCGCGUCGGGUGGACUGGUACGCGCUGGUGGCUCGUGCGGUCUUCGAGGCCGUGGACGACGACGAGGAUGAAGGCAACAGCACAAAGGUUGAGUUGCCCAAUCAAAAAGCCAUGCCGUCUUCGUCGCUCACCGCCCUCGCCCUCGCCCUUUUUCUCCCGCUCCGUGCGCCGACGACGCAACGACUGAAGCAGCUGCGCACGCUGCAGGACGCCGUCGUCUCUGCCGGUGGAAAACGAAACGCCGCCUCGUGCGCCUAUGCCAUCGUCGCGUCCGCUAUGCGCAACCAACAACAACUAAACGGCACGUCUGUCACGGCGCUCAGCUGCAUUAUUGAGUGCAUGACGUUGGGAGAGCGGCAGUACCAGCUGACGUCCGGCGCGACGGAGCUGCUGUGUGGGCUGCUCACACUCCGCCGUGCCUCCGCGGGGCCGACGGACGACGAUGCCGCAACGUACGUCGUGCCUGCGGGAUGGGCGCACCGCGUGAUUCGGUAUUUCUUUGCAGCGGGCAGCAACUCUGCGGAGCGGGGCCGUGGCUCUCUGAUCAAAGCUUCGUCCUCCUCUUCUACCGCCACGGCGUCACCGCAGCAAAUGUGCUUGACCCAAAAGCUGCUGUCGCGCGUCGAGGGUAUUUUAACAAGCGCGGGCACGGCGUCGCAGACUUCGUCCAAGGCACGUGCGACGCGGUCGUCCGUGCACACCGUCGCGGCCGACACCGCCGACUUGGUUGAUGCCGUGUGCAGCCGUUUGCAGCUGUGGGGCGAGGAGGCGGCGACGGAGGCGAAGGUGCAGACGAAUGCGUCGGUUCGACUGAUGGAGGUGCUGCUGCGGCACCCGCACCUGCACGUGCGCAACGGCGGUGGGGCCCGCCCCGUCUACCGUCACGCUCUCACUGCCUUGACGGUUGGGCUGAGCGCGGGCCUCGAGGAUCGUCGCCACGGCCACAGCACCAUCUUCACCAGCAAGGCAAAGAAGACAAGCGACAGCAACAUCAGGAACAGCAGCGCCAUCACUGGUGACUACCAAAAGCUGGUGGCGCGGCAGCUGCGCUCGACCGUGCUGCACGCCAUGGAUGUCAUUGGCACGGAUGUGGCGGUGGCCUGCAUGUCCACUUUGGGUGGCUAUGAAUACUUCUUCCUCCCUCUUGUGAGGGCUGCCGAGGACAGCAUGAACAAGACAGCUGAAGAGGACGUGAGCACGGCCGCCAAGCGCAGUGCAGUCCGUCAGGGGAAGAAGGUGCCGCAGCAGCAGGACGAGGAGGAGCCCGCGGCAGAGCGGUCAGGUAAGACGGAGGCGGGACUGGUGUUACAGCGAGUGCGGGAGAUGCUGGAGAUGCUCGCUCCGGUGGACGCUGGGCCCGUACACGCGGAGGCCACCGAGGCAGCAGACAACGCAAGUGCGGAGGACGACAGCAGCAAUGGGCGGUGGCGCCCCCCAGCUGCCACCGUCGUCUCGAACCCGCUCACGUACGCAGACGCGGUGCGCGUGUUGCGACUGCCGCGCAUUUGUGCCGGUGUCGCCACUGAUAAGUGGGGCCUGGGCUCUGUUAGUCAAGAAUGCCUCGAACUGCUGCGCAUGCUCCUGCAGGUGUUGCCGACCAUCAUCAUGGAUGAUGACGAGGAUCAGGAGUCCGCCUACCACCUGGUAGAGCAGUGCUUGGAGCUGUACCCGCUGCAGGAGAUGGAGGGCCUGCUGCGUCAGGCCGCCGUCGUGGCUGCCGUCGAUGAUGUGGCGCUCAUGCCACGUGUUCAGCAGGUGCGUCUUGGCGCUCGCGGGUCGGUGCAGGUGGAGGCGGUGCUGAGGUACGUCGAAAGUCUCGUGCGUGUCUGCACGGAAAUGACGCGGCUGCUGUCAGAAAAGGUGGCAGAUGGCGCGUACCACAUCAAGAGCCGCCUUCUGCGUGAGAUGAUGGUGUUGAUGGCGCGCAUGCUGGUCGAUGCGGAGGAGGGGGAAAGAGACGAAGAAGCAUCGCGAACCGGCGCAAAGAAGGCGGAUGAGACGGCUCAGGAUGCGACGGACACAGCGGAGAGGCGCAGGGAGGAGCUGCACUUCCACGUGGACACCAUCGCCAGCCUGCUGCGCUCCACAGCACCGCUUUUGAAGCUGCCUAGUGGGUUUUCAGCAAGGACGGCCACCGCUACUGCGGUGAAGGACGACCAGGACAGCGUGACCUACCUGCACAUCCCGUUGGUGUCGCUGCUGAUCAAGCUGGAGCAGAUCGAUAACACGGAGGCUCUCGGCUUCCGCAGCGCGCGCGAGGUGUGCCAGGAGAUUCUCACAAGUUUCGACAUCCGCACACAGGUGCAGUGCGUGACGCAGCUUAUGCGCCUCGUCGCGGAUCCGGCGGCGCAGCUCGCCUCCGCUGCGUCGGAGGACGCGGACGGGGAGGACGAGCACGAGUCGGAGAUGAAGCGGCUGCAGCACCUUUUCCGCCGUAUGGUGAAACCAAAUCAGGUGAUCAAUCGCCAGGAAACGAUCCUGCAUCUUGUUAACCUCACCGUCAAGUCGGACCUCUUCCUGGAGCCCUUCCUCACGCUGCAGCGCCACGCCCGUUCGAGUCCGCCACGCCGCGGGAGCAAGAUGCACAAGAAGAGCAACAAGGCAGCAGCCGAGGCGGGCCUCAGCGGAGGCGAGGACACUGACGACGAGGAGGGCGACAAAGCAGAGGACGUGGCGCAGCGCGAGGAUGGCGGCUGCAUGGAGCUGCUGGUAAGUGCGCUGGAGUUGUUUGCUCACUACCACGACCUGCACGACGACACACACGCUGCAGAAAGCGCACCUGCGGGGGUGGCGGAGGCGGAGGCGGAGGCUUACACGGCCCUUUUGGAGCUGCUCGCUGGCAACACGCUCGCCUGCGUGUUGGCCGGCAUCAACGAGUCGACCUUUGUUGUGUGCCAGCUGCGCCUGUUAGAAGACAAACGCGCUGCCCUGCGCAAGAUCGGCCUGGAGGUGCUGCUGGACCGUUUGCACCACUCCUUGCCCACCUUGGAGAACGUGGUGUCCGAUGAGGAGAUGGAGGCCCACCGCCGCCGCCUGCGUGACCCGCGUGUGCGUCUCUCGUUGACCGAUCUGGUGCGCAUCAAGGCCCGCCCCCUCACCACCAAGCGCUCCACCAUUCUGUUCCCGCUACUGGUGAAGGCGAUCAAGACCAACUUCGCCAGCUUCUACGCGUUUUUGCAAGACCCCUCCACUACCACCACCUCUGUGCAGUUCAUGGCGGCAGAUCAGCUCCUCGUGACGGCGCAGCUGGGCAUUGCGUGCGUGGAAGAGCUCACUCGCAUCGUCAGCAGCGGCGGCAGCCUGCAGUCGGAGCGAACGCUGCUGAAUGCAAGCCGUAGCAGGCGCCUGACGGAGGCGGCGCUGGUGAAGCUCUUCGGCAACCGCGGCCGCGUCACCGAGGUGCGCGAGUUUGUGGAGACGGUGUGCAACCACUGGAUGCCGCUGCUGACGCGGUGCGAGAUGCGUCUGCGCGGUCGUGGCGCACCGUGCGAUGCGGACAGUGACUCCUCGCCGCUUUUGGUUUUCUACGCGGCGGCGGAGGGCAUACUGGGUUGCAUGACGUGCCUCAUGACGACGCUGGCGACCAUCACCCAAGUCAUGGGCACCGCCUUUGCCACGGCGCACUCCCUGUCGCUGCUGCACACCCUCGUCUCCGCUGGCAUGUAUCAAGUGGUGGAGAUGCCGGGGCUGCUCGCCCGCAGCCAAGCCGGUGCCCUGCUGCGUCACAGCACGCUGUCGUCGCUGAUCCGCUGCUUCCCUGCCUGCUGGCAGAUGACGCAGCCCUACCUGCCAUCGCUGCUCUUCAUUGCGUCGCAUCUGACAAACGUGACGGAUGCCGAGUCGCACUACCUGUGCGCGGAGAUGCUGGCGGUGCUGGAGGCGGUGAUGGAGCCGCAGCUGCUGCUGGACGCCGGCACGUCGUGCUUGCGGGGCAUCCCCUACGUGAACGGUGCCGUGGUGCCGGCGUCGGAGCAGCACCAACUGGUGAACCUCACACAGGACGCGGCUGGUGCCUCCACCGCCAUCGCAGAUGGUGCGAGCAAGAAGCCCUCGGCCCGCCGUUCUCGUCAGGUGCGCGUGCAGGUCCACACACACUCCUUCUCUCUUCUUUUCACCUGCAUUGAGCGCCGCAUCGAGAAUCUGUCCAAGGAGGAACUGAUGCACAUGCCGACCCUGAUGGAGGGCACCCGUCCGCAGCAGAACUUCUGGCUGGCUGCUCUUAACUCGCUCGCGAGUGCGCAGACGGUGCCGUCGAGCGAGGCGAUCAUGCCGGUGCUGGAGGCCUUCACCGUCUUCCUGCUGAAGUUCAAGGCGAAACACAGCGCGCGGUUGCUGCGCGUGGUGGCGGACUGGGCCUUUGCGGAGACGAGCAGCGGCGUGGCGGGCACCACAAGCGCGCACGCCAACUCGGACGCCGACGAGCAUGACGGCCGCGGCCACGACGGAGAGGCGCAGUCCCUCUCCCGCCUCACGCUGCAGUCGUGGAUCGUCUUCUUUGCGCUGAGCAACCACCUCCUCGGCAAACUCGGGUCCAUUCUUGACUUCGCCUUCCCCACCUUCACACCCCACAUCGUCACGACUCUGCGGACGUACUGCGAUGCAACGGCGACGGUGGCUACGGCGACCAACUCACUGGUCGCGUUGGUGCUGGAGGGUGCGCUGGAGUGCCUGCGCGGGAUGGCGCUCGCCCAGACACCCGGCCCCGACCACGAUUACAGCAUUCCGCUCGACGUGUACUUCGCCAACGCCGACGUCUUCCCUGGAGUGAUGCCGGCGCUGGUGCACCAGCUGCACAACCUCCAGUUCCUCGAGGACAGUCUGCACGACUAUCGCUUCCGUGUGGAGCACAACGUCGUCCCCGCUAUUCGUGCCUUUAUGGCCUGCCUCGGCUCGAGCAAGCUGCAGAGCAAAACGCAGGCGGAGGUGGUGCGUGCGCUGCGCCACCCAAGUCGCCACGUGCGCCGCGAAGCUCUCGUGUGUCUCGACGGCAUCUACGCGGACGGCGGUGAGGAGUUGGCGUCGCGUCUGAUGGCGGAGAUGCUGCCAACCGUCGUGGAGCUCACCGAGGACCGCGAUGACGCCGUGGUGGAGGAGGCGCGUAAGCUGUGCAACAAUCUCUCGCACAUGACAGGGCAGGAUGUGCUCUACGCCAUGAGCUAA